GUGGAACUAUGUCUCAUGUAACUCGUGGUAAGCCGGACCUUAUUGGAAGCAGCACGAAUAUUUCCAUUUUACACUGAAACCAGACAACAAGGGGAAAGAGAGCGAAACCAUCCGUACCUAUACCCCAGCUGCUCUGUCAGCAAAAACGGUUUCCGUGGUGAUGGACACUCCCGGUGGGAGAGAUGAGCAUGUGCAGCAGCAGGAGCGGCUGCAGAGGGAGGAGGCCUACUAUCACUUCAUAAAUGGGCUGAACGAGGAGGAGUACCGUCUCAUGAGGGACAGCAACCUGCUGGGAACACCUGGCGAAGUCACUGCAGAAGAGUUGCGUCAGCGUCUGGAUGGAGCGAAGGAGCGGCUGUUGGCUCAGCCCGACCUUGAGCCCCGCCCGGAGAGCAGCGAGCCACGUGAAGACAAUGGUGGCAGAGGCGGGGCGGAGACGGGCAGCGAAGCCUCUAACGGAGAUUCCCUCCUGGAGUGGCUGAACACUUUCCGGCGCACGGGCAACGCCACGCGCAGUGGCCAGAGCGGCAACCAGACCUGGCGUGCCGUCAGCCGCACCAACCCCAACAGCGGCGAGUUCCGCUUCAGCCUGGAGAUCAACAUCAACCACGAGCAGCCCGAGCCCAGCGACCCCGCCGACCCCGCCCUGCUGGACCCCCCACCGGACACCCACCCGCCGCAGGGGAGGAGGCUGCCGGUGCGGCGCACACGGAGCGGCACAGCCCCGCCCGAAACCCCCGCCGGCAGGGUGGCGGGCGUGCGGAGGAGCGCCGAUCCUGCCUCGCACCAGACGCCCACGAUGGCAGGGAGGCCGAGUCAGGCCCAGGGGGCUGAACACGAGCGGGGUCCUGUGGGAGCAGAGUGCCCUCGCACUGGGGUCGACGCCGGCCACCAGGGGGCGCCGGCCUGGGAGCAGCGGGGCAGCAGGACUCGAGCGCGCGGCCGCCGGGGCUGCAGGGGGGGGAGGGGGUCGGCGUCUCGCCGCAGUCGUUCACCACUGCAUAGGCCUCCUGAUACCCCCCAACCCGCUGAGCCCAGCUCUGCCCACCCCAACACCCUCAACACCCCCGAACCCACAGAGGUCAGCGCAGUCCAGGCCAUUGGGCUCAGUGCUGCCCUGACUCCAGCUCCCAGUGAGCCUGAGGGUCUCAUGGAUGUAGGAGAUACUUUUAGCGAGCCAGGCUCCAGUACCCCCAUGCUGCCUCCGUCUGGGGCAGCUCAUGGCAGCUCCACCCCUCCUCCUCCUCCUCCUCCUGCUCCACCACCAGGGCCCGACCCAGAGACUCCCGCCCAGCCUCCAGCGGGGCCUGCCCCGGACACAGCGCCCCCUCCUCCCCCGGGGGCCCCCGAGGCUGCCGGAGAGGAGGCGGAGACGCAGGGGGCCGGCGCGGGCGGAGGCGUGCGGCGACACCCUACCAUCAUGCUGGACCUGCAGGUGCGGCGGAUCCGGCCGGGGGAGAACCGGGACCGCGACAGCAUCGCCAGCCGCACGCGGUCCCGGGUGCGCACGGCCGAGAACACGGUCACCUUCGAGAGCGACAGCGGCGGCUUCCGCCGCACCAUCUCGCGCUCGGAGCGCGCCGGCAUCCGCACCUACGUCAGCACCAUCCGCAUCCCGCUGCGCCGCAUCUCCGAGACCGGCCUGGGCGAGCCCAGCUCCACCGCCCUGCGCUCCAUCCUGCGGCAGAUCAUGACGGGCUUCGGGGAGCUCAGCUCGCUCAUGGAGACGGAGGCGGACGCCCAGGCCACCGCUCCCGGCCCGGAGACGGGCCCCGACGCGCAGGCGCACGCCGCCCACGGCAACGAGGAGGCGCCGGCGCAGGAGCCGGCCGAACGACGGGCGGCGGGCACCGAGCAGCAGCCGGCGGGGGACGACGAGCGGGCCGGGGGGCUCCCGAACGAGGGACGGGCCGCCAGCAGGGACACCAACAACCUGGUGGAGAACGGCACCCUGCCCAUCCUCCGCCUCGCUCACUUCUUCCUCUUAAACGAUGACGAGGACGAGGAGCACCAGCGGGGCCUGACCAAAGAGCAGAUCGACAAUCUGUCCACGCGCACCUACGGCCAGGCCAGCCUGGAGGGCGAGCUGGGCCGCGCCUGCAGCGUCUGCAUCAACGAGUACGCCCAGGGCAACAAGCUGCGGCGUCUGCCCUGCACUCACGAGUUCCACAUCCACUGCAUCGACCGCUGGCUCUCCGAAAACAACACCUGCCCCAUCUGCAGGCAGCCCAUACUGUCCCCUCACCAGGAGUGACCCCCCCCAGCCUGCCCACCGAUACUGACCUUCCUCAUUCUCCACCCGGCGGGAGUCUGACUCGUCCCAUUCUCUGUCCAUUCAGACUGGCUCGUCUCAUUAGGGGGGAGUCUGCUUUUACCAUUAUGACAGACCAAGCCCUGUGGGCUGGACUAUGUAAAUGCUGUCUCUGUAUUUUAAUUGGUUAGUCAAUUCCAUUGUAUUGGGCUGUGGGUAGAACCAAAAACAAGUAACAAAAACAUAAAAAGCGCAGAGAAGUAGCAAAGCUAUAUUUUUUUAGACUUCUGUUUCUCUUUCUGCGUUCGGCUUUUUCUGUUUUGAGGCCUCCAUGUACGAAAUCUCUCCAUUUCAGUAUUGCUUCAGAGUAAUCAAUAUUCAGUCUUAUAAACACAAUUAGUCUCAUAUUAACUGAAAUUAAUUUUUCUGUAACAAAUGGAUUUUAUUUAAUGGCUCAUAGAGUCCACACUCAAAUUAUAUAUUGUUGUGAGUGAAUAGUAAAUGGAAAAAAUGAGUAAGACUUGAAAGUGCCACAUUGUAAUUUGUGUGAUUCUGAAUCCCAUUUCUAAGAAUCAGUUGUGUAUUUUCAAAAUGUGCCUUCAGUGUGUCUGAAGCUAAAAUGGUCACCUCAUCUGAUUGAUUGCUCUGUGGGUUAACAUGAACUGUGAUCAGAUGGUUUAGUCUAAUAUGCUACAAAUUGCAAGGUAUAAUAGGGGUGUACUUGUUUAUCCCACUUGCGUGUCUUGCAAUGGCAAACUAUUGGGAAUAUUCUAUGGUAAAAGUGGGAACCGUGCCCAGGAUGUUCCUGUCUGACUGGUGCUAACGAAGUGACAUGUUAAACUGUAUGAAAUUGGGUUUAACCAGUCAUGUGGCUCGAGCCGAGUUUGUCAGUUGAGCAGAACAAAGUUUUAAUCCCACAUGUAAAACAGUCAGUCAGCUUCAAAUGAACCAUCCAAAACAUCAAUGCAGCAGUUUGUUGAGAAUGGAUAAGAUUGGUUCAUGUACCUUGAAUACGUAUAGGUUGUUUGUUCUUCAUCACAUUUCCAAAAUGUCCUGGCCUUUAAAGGUAAUGUGAAUGUACAUGCAAUGUAUUUAGAUGACACGUAUAUCUAAAGUGACUUACAGUUGAUUAGACAAAGCAGAGGACAAUCGCCCUUGGAGCAAUGUGAGGUUAAGGGCCCAACAGCGUGUCUUGACUACACCGGGGCUUGAACCACCAACCUUCCAGGUCCCAGUCAUGUACCCAUCAUACCAAGGUCAUUAGAACAAACUACAGAACAGGUCAGAUUAGGUACAAUUUGCAUAGUAACAGUUGAACAGCCAUGAACAUGAAGUGUAGUACACAUGGUAAAUAGGACCAGUCCAUAAGUAAUAAGGUCAGGAACUACAGUAUCAAGAUGAGUACAAAUGCAACAGUCCUGGAGUAUAAGUCUUUCACAUUACAGUGAAGGGACUUUAACCUACUCUGCAUUAAUUAAUAAAUAAUUAAUAAAAAUUGGUGAGUA